AUGUUUCGCAACGAGUAUAAUUUGGCGAUGGAGCGCGACCAGGGCAGCAUUUCGUCCGUGUCGUCCUUCCAGGUGGACGAUCUGAUGGAAAAGCUGAAGCUGCUCAACUACGAGCGAUUGCUGCUGCGCGAGAUGAAGAUGAAGCAGAUCAAUCGGUACUACUUUCUGCGCUCGUUCAACCCAGGCGAGCAGUUCUUCAUGUUCACCUCGAUCUGCGCCUGGUUGAUACGCAAGAUCGGCAAAACCUUCGACCAGCCGCAGGAGUUUGACGAUCCCAACAUUGUCAUCUCGCGCAUCAUCCGGGUGCUCCAGGAGAUGGAUGUUCCGACCGACUUCCAGACGAACCGACUGAUUCUAGGGGCCGGACCGAUCUGUGUGUACAUCAUGGACUGCCUGGCUACGCAGGCCCUCAAGCUAACCAAGUUCCAAAUCAAACGCCCCGAGUGCCGCAAGGAGGACGAUCCAAUGGUCGAUCUGAUCGAGAACGAUUCCGAGAUCAUCCUGGAGAAGGUGGAAGAGGAGCAGAUGGCGGGCGUUAGUGACGAGAGCGAGGACGAACGGAACGGGCUGUUCGAUCUGAGCUUCACGGACCAGCGCUCCCAAAACCGCCGGGCUGCGGCGGCGGCUAAAAAGGGUGACGAGUACAAGGUGGACUCACUGUCGGACAGUGAGGCCUGGCGGUUGGAGCUGGAACGGGUCCUGCCCCAGCUGAAGGUCGUAGUGAAGACGGACCCACGCGACUGGCGAGCGCACCUCGAGCAGAUGCGAACGCUGCGGAACAACAUCGACACGGCCACCACAGAAACGGAUAGCCAGCUGAAGAAGUUACAGACGGACAUUAGCUACGUGAUGGAGAAGAUCGAGAGCCGCGAGCGGCACCUAAACAACGACCUGAAGGAUCUGAUCGUGCAGUACAAAGAGGUGCUGAUCGAGCACAACCAGGUAAGCGCCCAGAUGAAGCAGUGCGAACAGGGGAAGGCGAACAACGAGCAGGAACUGGCCAAGAUUACCAACGAACUGGAGAAUGUCAAGAUACAGAUGGAGCAGCGGGGCAACUCAAUGACCGAUGGCAGUCCGCUCAUCAACAUCAAGAAAGCGAUCUUUCGCAUCAAAGAGGAAAUAAGCGAGAUGGACAUCAAGAUUGGCGUGAUGGAACACUCGCUCAACACGGAAAUCAUCAAACAGAGCGCACAGUACGCGGAGCUCGACUCUCUCGUGAUGGCGGCCCACUAA